AUGGUACGCCUGCUGACCGCGGCCCAAGGCCACCCUAUGCUGGUGGAACUAAAGAAUGGCGAAACCCUCAACGGCCACCUCGUCAAUUGCGACAACUGGAUGAACCUGAUCCUCAAAGAAGUCGUCCAGACCACCCCGGAAGGUGACCGCUUUUUCAGAUUACCCGAGGUAUAUGUCAGAGGGAAUAAUAUUAAAUACCUCCGAGUCCCCGAAGAAAUCGUCGAUAUAGCAAAGGAUCAACAACAGAAUCAGCCUUCGAAUCGUGGCCGUGGUAGUCAGCAACAUCGUGUGGAUAGCGGAAGGGUGGAUCGCGGAAGAGGAGGGGGACGAGGCGGCAGAGGGCGUGGAAGGGGUAGAGCUGGGGCUUGA